AUGGUAUCUCCUAGUGACUUCAAGCAGAGAGCAAGCAAAGCUUGUGGCGCUUUGUUAUACACCUUCUCACCCUUCUUUUUUAAGGAUGCGACAAAAAAGCUUCCUGGAGACAAGGUGGUGACUAGUGAAGAUGCGGAGGCCGUGGUUGGAGCAGAACUCAAAAACAGUCCAGAAAUGAAGACAACUCAUGGUGGAGUUGCAGAUUCCAUGUCGGCAGGUGCAAGGCUCAACCAACCACUCUAG